UUUUCAUGCAUUACCGCAGUCACUCGUGCCAGAAUAUGGAAGUAUUCCAAGCUUUCUUGUUGAUGCCUGUGAAUAUUUAGAAGAACAUAUUCAUACUGAAGGACUCUUCAGGAAGUCUGGAUCUCUUGUUCGCUUAAAAGCACUGAAGAGUAAACUGGAUCAAGGUGAAAGCUGCCUCUCGACUGCGUUGCCAUGUGAUGUUGCAGGGCUUCUUAAGCAGUUCUUUAGAGAGCUACCAGAACCCAUCCUCCCAACUUACCUGCAGGAAGGUCUCUUCAAAGCUCAGCAGCUAGGAAGUGAGAAGAAAACUGCCACUGUGCUGCUCUCGUGUUUAAUGGCUGACAGAACAAUUGAAGCUUUGCGGUAUUUUUUCAGCUUUCUGAGAACUGUGUCCCUAAGAUGCCACGAAAACAGAAUGGAUAGCAGCAAUCUGGCAGUGAUAUUUGCUCCAAACUUGUUGCACUCAAGUGAAAAUGAAAAGAUGACAGUCAAUACAGAAAAAAAAAUUCGCUUGCAAGCUGCUGUUGUGCAAACACUUAUUGAUCAUGCAAAAGAAAUUGGACAAGUACCAGAAUUUAUCUCGGAGAAAAUUCCUGCAAUGUUGGGUAUUGAUGCUGUUCAGUCUACUCCCGCACUGGGGGGCCAUGAGGAUGGUGAAAGUGAAUCUUCUAGCGAAUGUAAAAGGAGGAGACAACGAAGUGUUGGAGUCCUUUCGUCGGUGACUCCAGUGGUUCUUACUCCCAGUACCAAACGUAAGCUUCCAUCGGAUUGCUCUCAGGGCUUGUCUAGCAAGAAGAGGCGCUCAUUUAAGCAUAGCUUUGCUUUUGAGUUGUUACCAAGUAGCAUUUUUAACAGCAGCUCAACACCAGCAUCAGUUCAGUUUGAUGCAAGUCCUUGUGUUUCUCUUGAAUCGUCUCAAAACUCGCUCUCUCCUUCAACUGUUGGUGAGAAUCAUCUGCCCAGUACAGGAAACAGAAGAACUAAAAGACAUGCAAGCAGUAAACUGUACAGGGCUGAAUCAGGAAAAACAGGUUGCUUUUCUCCAAAGAUUAGCCGAAAAGAAAUGGUUCGUAGGUCCUUACGCCUUAAGUUUGGUUUGGGGAGGAGCAACAGAGACAUAAAUAUCGCGUCAGGAUGUGCGGUUGGUAAUAGAUCCGAAAACAUUGGGAGGCGUCUUGCAGGGCAACAAGACUUGGAAAGCAGAGAUGAAUGUGCAAAAAGAGAUAUACUCUUCAGCCCAUAUAUCAGUGAAAAAUUCUCCAAGAAAGGUUCAAAGAACGUAAGCAAGUCGGAAGAAAACUUGUUAACUCCAAAGUGUCAUGAUAAAGUAGUUUAUCGAAUGUCUUGGAAUAGUCCUGCUGUUACAGAUGCUCAGGAGAUCAGCAGCAAUGAGAGAAGUCUGACAGGACACUGGGAAGCUGGAGUUGGUUCUUCUGAAUCUGUCUUUGUAGCUGGAAAGUCAUCAACUGUGGAUCUGAAUUCACCUGAAACUACUGAAAAUAAACAAGACAACAGCUUAAAACUCUUCCUAUGUGAGGAAGAAAAUGUGGCUACAGAAACGUUACUGAAAGUUAAGGAAGCUUUUUCUGUAUCUGGAAACAAUCUGCAGGAUAUGAUAACUGAUACAAAGUCUUCCUUGUUAGAUGUUACAGAAGAAACAUUAAGUGAAACCCUGUGCCUUACAGGGUUUAGUCCGGAGGAAGAAAAGCUGACUGAAACAAGUUUAGCAAAUACAGAAUGCAGACAGUUGAUGGAGCAGGUUAAUCAAUCCUAUGCUGCUGAUAGACAAGAAUCAAGAGAAGAUGAAUCUAAAGUUUUGGAGAAGAGAUUCCAAAGUUGCAUUGAGAUUGAACUUCAGGUCCACAAACAAGACACAAAAUGUGUAAAAGAACUUACUGUCCCUCAAGGAACGGCAAGUGAAGACGAGUUGACUUUUCAGAACAGUUCCUUAAAAGAUGGCUUGAACAAAACAGAUUCCUCUGGGGAAAAAGAGGAAAUAAAAUUAACACCCACCGGAGUGGCUGAAAACUGUACUGUAAAAUGCUGUAAUUUAGAAGAAGCUACUGCUAAACCUUCUGGAGCAGUACAGCUUCCUAUUUCACAGCUACAUAAAUCAGGAAAUGAACUCAGCAACGAGUGCUUGCAGGUUGAAAAUUCAGAUAAAAUUUUAACUAAAACAGCAGCCGUUUCUGAUCAUGGAAAGGUUUCUGACCACAUACAGUGGUUCAACAAACUUUCAUUAAACGAUCCGAGUUCUGCAAGCAAAACGAAGCCGCCUCUCAAGUUUCAGCGUACCCCUGUGCGGCAGUCGGUGAGAAGAAUGAAUUCCUUAUUGGAGGCCAACAGGCCAGCUGCGAGCGGUCGGCUAGUCCAGCCCAGUGAUGUUGGCUCGCCUCUUGUGAAGUCUUUGAGCUAUGAUUCUGCACUGUCUUCCUGCACAGAACAGCCCUCCAAGAGUUGCCCAGGUUUGUCCCUCAGGAAUGAAGGUGCAAGUGACCAAGUUUCUACAUCCCAUAAGCAGCUAGACUUGACAUCCAAAUCAUGUUGCAGACAGUUAAAUCCACUAGAGAAGCCUGAUCUUUCUGUAAGAACUGAUGGAAUCUACAAACAGAAUAUAACUGUUAAUCUGUCCAAAUCUGUUUUAGAAGACGUGACCAAUCAUGAAGCAGUGAAGUCUAGCAUGAAAGUAAAUGCAGGUACAAAUAUUCCAGGUGCUGUGCCAGAAAAAUGCACCAUCACAAAAAACCCUCUGGGAAAAGAGAAGAUUCGUUAUAGAGGCUCUCCAAAGAAUCCAAUAUCUAAAGUGAAACUCCUACCAGCUAUGAAACCAGUGGACUUAUAGGAUUAAACAGGGGGCUAAGUGGCUAAUGAGAAUGGUUAAACUUCUUGUGUGUGUGUGUGAAUUCUUAUGUUCUUUUUUUUUAAUUACAAGUCAUGGGGUUGCACAAGUUGCAAUGUCUGUUCUAUGUUGAUUUUUUAAAGUUUUUUAUAGAUGCUUGUCUUUUUAAACGGAUAUGACUUUUACAGAUGUUAGCAUUCGCUAAGGAUCUGUUGGAUACCUUCUUAAACCUGCAUAUCCCCAAACCAAAUUUAAAUUUAAAUCUAAAUGCAGCAUUUAUACAAAAUAUCAUUAACUUUUUCCCCACAAAUCAACAGAUAUCUGAAAAUAGAUAUCUUAAUGCUGAGUAUAGCUGUGUUUAAACUUAUUCUGUGUUUUGUAAGUGUCUUUUAGCCCUACCUAGAUAUUUAAGUUAGACCUCAUACCAUCUCUACUACUUUUGAGACCAUGACUUUUAUUUUUUUAUUGGAGUAAGCUGGAAGCAUAUCCUUUUUGAGAGGAUAAACAAAUCAUAUUUUGCCAUGCAUGCGUUUUAGAAAUCCAUUACAACGUAUGGGACAAUAUGUAGCUGAAAUGCAGUGUAGUGAAAUAGAGAAAAGCAAGUCUUACAUUCCUCUGACAACUGACAUUCCUUAAUGUGUAUGAAGUGUCUUCAGUUGUCGGUAGUAAAAUGUUUUAUCUUGAUAUGAGAAGCUGGUCUUAACUUAUUUUUAGAGUAAUAGAAUAGUGCUAACUAGGUGGUGCAGGAAUGCAGAUUUUCAGAUGCUGAUUAUGUUGCUGGAGACAAAUGUAAAAAGCCAUACUGUGUUUAAAAGUUGAUUUGCACAAGCAAAUGUUUACAUC